AUGGCUAAUGGAAUUUCAACAUCCUUGCUCGCCAUCUCCCUGGCGUUGAGCUCUACGUGCACCGCAGCCAGUGUGAAGCUGAGCGCUCCCCAGAUGGGCUGGAAUAGUUACAACUACUACUCUUGUGCCAUUAAUGAAUCCAUCAUUGCCGACAACGCCAAGGCCCUGGUUGAUACCGGUCUGUCCAAGCUGGGCUACCAAUAUGUCACGCCAGACUGCGGGUGGUUCUCUGGUCUCCGUGACUCUGACGGGGCGCUUGCUUGGAACCUGACCAGAUUCCCAAGUGGUGGCCAGGGAUUAGGCGACAUUAUUCAUGGCUACGGUUUGAAAUUCGGUGUCUAUACCGACGCAGGGUAUUGGCAAUGCGGAAGCCUGAAUCAAUUUCAAGGCAGUCUAGGUUUUGAAAAACAAGAUGCAACCGCUUUCGCGCGUUGGGGCGCUGAUUCUUUAAAGUACGAUAAUUGCUACAAUACCAAUACCACGGUUGGAGCCGACUUUUACUCGGAAGAAUCAGGAUCCUCGCAGCGUUUCCGCACCAUGGGACACGCACUUGCCGAGGUCGAUCGAGACCUUGUUUAUCAGCUGUGUCAAUGGGGCGUUGGCCAUGAUCUCGGUAGCUGGGCCUCUGGCAUUGCCAACUCCUGGCGAAUCAGUGUUGACAUUUACAACAACUGGGGCAGCAUCUGGAGAAUCCUAAAUCAAGUCAUUCCGUUUGCCAAGCUGACUACCGCCGGUAGUUAUCCAGACAUGGAUAUGCUCAUCGUUGGUCUCGGUGUGUUAUCCAAGGAGGAAGAAAAAAUGCACUUUGGUCUCUGGUCCAUCUUCAAGUCCCCCCUCAUUCUUGGCAAUUCCAUAGCAAACCCGAUUUCCCCCGAUUCCUUGGCCGUGAUAUCGAAUCAAGAGGUCAUUGCCAUCAAUCAGGAUCCACUGGGCGAGUCUGCACAACUCGUACGCCGCAGUGAAAAGGGCUACGACAUUUACGCGGGCAAGCUUUCGGGAGGCCGCAUGGUCUUGAGCGUCGCAAACUGGCUCAACAGCAGCCAGACGGUCACAUUCAACAUCUCUCAAGUUCUCGGUAUCCAGUCUGCCAGUGCUCGCAAUGUUUGGGCUUAUCAGGAUGUCGGAGAGCUUCGCCAGACGUACCAGACGGAGCUUGCCGGUCAUGAGAUGCAGAUUCUCGUGCUGUCUGAUAUUGAAUAUGCACAGACUGUAUCGCUGGCCACCAGCUACCACGUCGCAAGCGAGGCCAUCAUAUCCGGAAACGCCACCGUGGUCCAGUGCGCACUCGGCCAGUGUCUUCCUGCCCAGUCCAAGGUGGCAAGUAUUGGAAACGGCUCCGCCAAUGCCGCCGUCACCUUUACAAACAUUUACAGUGACACCGACGGCGAAAGGGUUGUGGGAGUGGAUUUUAUCAAUUACGAUAUUGCCUGGGAAUCAUCGUGGAAAAAGCCACAAGGCACGAGCUCGCGCAACCUGACCAUGUCAGUCAACUCGGGCCCACUACAGCAAUGGAGCUUUCCCAUAUCCGGCGGCAACUGGUUUGACAGUGGACGACUAGUGCUUGACGUUGAUGGCUUCGUAAAAGGUGUAAACAAUACGCUUAUUGUCAAGGCGGCAGAUGGCGGAAUGAGCGGCAUGGCACCAGACCUUGUAGGCAUUGAGCUGUUUGGGUAA